AUAUUUGAAAUAUGGCUCAGAGUGACUUCCUCUACCCAGAGAACCCAAGGAGGCGGGAAGAAGUGCACCAUCUUCACCAACAGCUCCUUGACUGCUUAUCUGACAGCUUCCGUGCCACCAAUGAGCUGAUUGGAGUUUUAAAUAUGCAUUUGGGGUGCAGGCUGGCCUCCAUUGAGAUGAACAGAAAUGGGACCAUCAAAGAAAACUGUGAUACCAUUAUCCAAGCCGUGAUGGAAAUCCAAAAGGAAUUGCAAAAGGUUGAUGAAGCACUAAAGGAUAAACUAGAGCCAACCCUUUAUAGAAGGCUUCAGGAUAUUAAGGAAAGGGAAACAGAGAAAAUUGCAAUCGUACAAAAGGUUAUUUCAGUCAUCCUGGGAGAAGCCACUUCUGCAGCCAGUGCAGUGGCUGUUAAACUCGUGGGCUCCAAUGUCACAACUGGCAUAAUUAACAAGUUGGUCACCGUGUUAGCUCAAAUUGGUGCUUCUCUCCUUGGUAGUAUCGGAGUUGCUGUGCUUGGCCUUGGCAUAGAUAUGGUUUUCCGUGCCAUCCUAGGAGCAGUGGAGAAAACGCAGCUACAAGCAGCCAUCAAAAGUUAUGAGAAGCAUCUGGUGGAAUUCAAGUCAGCCUCAGAAAAAUAUCAUCAUGCCAUUACUGAGAUCACCAAUACAGUGAAACACCAAAUAAAAUAA